AUUUCGCAGCCAUCGUUUAUUAACCGCAUGGGCAUGGUAGUUAGCUUCUGAACAUGGAAAAUCGAAAUUAUUUUUCAAUGAAAAAUGAAUGGCGAAAUGAAGAAAUUGUAGUUCUGUUAUUCGUAUGGACAUAGAAUGUUUUACUUACUUCAUCAAAGAAUUAAGGGUAAAUGUUGAAUUGAAGGAGCGUUACUUGCUGUCAUGCUGAUAAGAAAGUGUUAUUUGGGAGCGGUUGAUGAAAACAAAAACAUUGGCCGAUAGCGCAAUAAUGGGAACCGCAAACCAAGGCUCGCCCAGGAUGAAAACAAAUUUUGUGCCACGGGUGAAUCAGCUGGACUCCAUACAACUAGACCAUGAGAUAACGAACCUCCUACGACAGCAGAUACAGAACGUCCUGCAGGUUCUACCGCCCGGAUUGCUGAGCCACCUACAACCAGAGAUUAAUUUUGUAUUAAAUUCCGCGCUGUGGAACUUUUCGAUGCGCACCUCCUAUGCCACCUUUGGCCAGCAGAUGCUUUCAAUAACGUAUGAGAAGGAUCAACUGUCGCCGCAAAAGUUAGCCUUCCAUUACUUUUUAACAACAGUGUUGCCAUAUGCCAAAGAAAGCUGCCAGUUUCGGCUCACAAGCUGGUCACGGGUUCAGCAGCUGGUGCAGCUAGUCGAAAAUGGUUUGGUGUUGUUUAAUCUGGUAAACUUUUUCAAGUUUCUGCGUUCGGGGACAAGACCGUCGCUGGUGGACUGUCUGUUGCGUAUCAACCAUCGGUCGCUGGAUGGAGCCAAGCGACGAAACAUCGGCUACUCGUACAUGACGCGCGAGCUGGUAUGGGCCGGGUUUAUGGAGCUGCUCGGAUUUACCAUCCCUUUCGUCAAUUACCAUGCGCUGAAGCGAAAGAUAAGGAAUAUGCUGCGGCUCGAAACGACCCAUCGGCAGGAUGAGCGGGUAGAGCUGAACGCGGAAACCAGGUGUGCGUACUGCAAUGAGCGGGUCAUUCUGCCACACCACAUGGGAUGCCGGCACGUGUUUUGUUACCUCUGCCUGAAAGGUAACCAGCUGGCCGAUGCAGGGUUCCAAUGCAACGUUUGUGAUUAUCGGAGUGAGACGUUCAAAAAGGUGCUAGUUUUGUAGGGCGAAUGUUACAUUUAUUACGUACGGUAGCGGGCUUUUAUAGGGCAUUAAGAGGGAACGGGGCAGAAGCGAGUAAAGAGAAACAUAGCAAAACCAGCACACGUCUACGUAAUGUGUUGCAGAAUGCCUUGCCGAAUCAGCUGUUCACACUGCAGCUUCGGCAGGUAGUGCUGGCUGUUUUUCUUUAGCAGUAUAAUUUCUCCAUUCUCCAGCUCAAACUUGCCGUAAUCGGUCAAACAGCGAACUUCGAUGUACAGCGAUUUCGGUGGUUUGAUGUCGUUCGUCAGAUUCAGCCCGUACCCGUCGUGGAUGGAGGCCAUAUACUCGGCGAGCAUUCUAGAGUACUUGUUGAACCACACCGAUUCCGGCUCGUUGAUGCAACCUUUGAUUUCUGGCGGCAAAAUCGGACCCACGUGCCACCGGAGUCGCUUGAGACGAUGUAGGCGGUUUGCCAGGUACGCAAGCACACAUCGUUUCUGGCGUUUUAUCAAAUUGUGACGAUACAUAACGAGGGGAAGAAAUUUUCGGUCGCCCGUCUCGUUGAACGUAAUGCUGAAAGAGAGCGAGCUAGGUUAGCUUCCAUGCUCGAGAGGUAAAUGAAGCGAAAAUCUUACGCAUGUGCAUAGUUUUCCUGGUAUAUCUUUGAAAUAUCCUCCAGCACCGACCGUACGCCAUCGUCCUGUAAAAUCCGAAGAAGAGACACGUUAAACACACACACACGCACGUUAAACCGAUUGGGACAGGCAGGCAAUGUACACACAUUGAACGCUGGUAUAGGGUCGGUCGAACGUUCGAAUUCUCUGAUUAGCUCAAAUCCUUUAUCGGACGACAUGGGACCGUAGCGAAGUGCACAACAGGCGAUCGCUUAUUUUAUCAAACAGAAAGGUAUGAAAAACAAACGGCUCAAUUUGGCGGUAAAUAGUUUGUUGUGACAAGCUGACAAAGCAUCCUGCUGUCAAGUUAAUCAACCGAACAGCGAGAAGAAACAAAAAGAAUGAUCUUACUUAGUGAUAAAUCGAUUUUUUUCGUG